AGGACAGAACAGAAGAAGAGGGGCUGCGGGCAGAAGACGAGGAAACCUUGAUCCAUGAACUUGAGAAGGACGUCAUAACUGACAACGUCACCUCGGAAGAAGUCACUCUAGGAGUGAACUACAUGCUAGAGUUCGGCUACCUACCAAAAGACGCGUUGAACAGCACGCAGGCAUCAGUGGUGAAAAAGCGCGGGAAGCGGAUGGUUGCCGAGGCCGUCCGGAGCGUCCAGAAGAGCUACGGUCUCCUAGCGACGGGGAUUUUAAACCCCGCGACGCUGGCGGCCAUACGCAAGCCGCGGUGUGGCGUGCCUGAUGUACUGGCGAGGUACGCCCUGUCUGGAACCAAGUGGGCCAAGAACGAUCUCACGUAUAGACUUGAGUCCCUAACGCCGCAUCUAACAGAGAAAGAAGUCCGAGAGGCCAUCGCGAACGCGUUCCGGGUGUGGUCUGACUACACCCCGCUUACCUUCACAUCAGUGGCGUCCGGCAGGGCAGAUAUCAUCAUCAAGUUCUCCUCAGGGGACCACCAAGACGGAUCUCCUUUCGACGGAAGGUUUGACUUCCACAGCGGCCGGGGCCUGAGACUAGCGCACGCGUUCCAGCCUCCUCGCGACUCCAACACGUAUUACAUAGACGGAGACACGCACUUCGACGCCGACGAGCUGUGGACGCUUAACACCCCAGAAGGUACAAACCUGUUCCAAGUGGCAGUUCACGAGUUUGGUCAUGCUCUCGGCCUGAGCCACACGCCCGUACCGGGCACCAUCAUGUUUCCUGCCUACAUCUAUAAGGACAACCCCUGUAUGCACCCAGACGACAAGAUGGCUAUACAGAGCCUUUACGGUCAGGACGAGAAGCCUGACCCGAUCAUCCCCGAGUGCAGCCCGCUGCCCGACCGCUGCCGACGCCCCGAGUUCGACGCCGUCUUCCAGUUCCGGGGGGAGCUCUUCUUCUUAAAGGAUGUGUACUUUUUCCGCAUCAACCAGCGGAACAACCGCGUGUCGGGACCGGACCCGAUCACGCACUUCUGGUCCGGGCUGCCCAACAAGGUGGACGCGGCGUACGAGCGGAUCCACGACGGAAAACUCAUCUUCUUCAGCGGUAAUCUGUUCUGGUUGUUUGAGGGCGUCCUGCCCGAGCCCGGCUACCCCCAGCCCAUCUCGCGGUUCGGCCUGCCUGUGGACUCCGUGGACGCCGCGCUGCCCUGGCGACCUUCAGGGAAAACGUACUUCUUCAAGGACGAGUAUUACUGGCGGUAUGAUGAGCAGAAAGGCGAGAUCGACCCCGGGUUCCCGCGCCCCAUCACCGUGUGGAGAGGGCUGCCCACGCACAUAGACGCCGCGUUCGAGGCAACGGAGGACGGGCACGUCUAUGUUUUCAAGGGCCAGCACUACUGGAAGUACAGCGAGACCCGUUACCGCGUGGUCAGGGGCUAUCCUCGCGAGACUUCGGACGGCUGGAUGGGAUGUUAGUGACGUCACCGUUAUCGCGUGGUCAGGGGCUAUCCUUGCGAGACUUCGGACGUGACGUCAUCGCGCAUAGCAUCAUGGGACUGUAAGCUGAAAAUGAUUUCGCUUAUUCGUUUUUUCACGUUUUAAUGUUCAUUCCAGUCUUCGUUAUUUCCAAGUUAAGCAUAAUCUAGAUUUGAUUUUAGAACUAUUUUAUAUUAGAUUCAUGCAGAAUUUUAUAUUGUAUAAGCUUAUCAUUCACUUCUUCCUUUUCAUUCCUUUGUAUUUUCAACAUUUCUGUGUGUACUGUGCCGUUGAUUUUUUUAUUAGUA